AUGGAGGUGCGUGCAGUAGAAGAUACGGCUGAGCUUGUGCCCAAGCCUAGCGCGUACGGCGACGCGGAGGAGUUCAAUGAGCCGAUUAUGAGACGUAUGGUGAACUAUGAGCCGUUUUGCAACAAGGCACCGAAGUUCAGGGCUUACCCGUUGAGCCAAUUGGGUACACCCGAGGGGAGGAGAGUGCAAGAGGCGCUGGUUGUGAAGGAUUUAUUGGAUACGAUGAUGGGGCUGGAAGGGAAGUACAUACGGUAUAACAACAGCUAUGAUCCGCACGUCGAUAUGAUGCCGGCGUUCAGGAUCUCGAAGAACAUGGAUAAGUCAUUGAAGCAGUGCUGUAUUAAGAUACUCAAACUGAGUAAGUCGUAUAUUUUUAUUAACAACUGUAUACAGGAAUGGUCGCGGCCCUCUUACGGUUGCAUAUUGCACAGGCUAACCUAUGAGAUAAGGAAGUUUUUGAAAGACGGGUAUCUCAGGUUCAUAGUGGAAAGGUUGGAGAAGGAGUACAGCUCUAAUGUGUCUUUCUCUAUUAGAGACAUGGAGCAUAUGAUUAAUGACUACGAAUUGAGCAAGAAGAUGGAGAUUUUGUACAACCUGUGUCUCCGAUUGAAUGAGGAGAUGAACAGGAGGUUAAACAUGAAUCUGGACCAAGAAGAUUUCAACAAUUUCAAGAGAGAGCUGGAGGAUGUAGGCCAAGCCAUUUUGCUGCCGACGGAUUCGAGCCUGUCGUUGACACCCAAGGGUGGUAAUAUUAUUAAAGUUGUGCAGGAGAUGAUCGCGGAGACGCUAGGUGACCGCAACGGAGUCCAGUUCCUCAAAGAUAUAUUGAACAAGAUUGGUGAGGGUUAUUUAAAGAUGUUCGAUGACUGGUUAAUCAAUGGAGAUAUCAACGAUCCUCACGAGGAGUUCAUGAUCCGAGACAUGAUGAAAGACGUGAAUGUCACUGAUACGAAUGCUAUGAUGACUACUGAUAGACUAUGGGAAACGCGGUACUUGAUCAGAAAAGAUGGGCUGUUGGAGAGUUUCCAUGAGGAGCUAUUGUCGAAGAUCCUCGUCACUGGGAAGCUGUUGAACAUCGUCAAAGUGACCAUGGAACUAACCAGCAUACCUGUUGAUGGCAAAUAUGCGCUGAGGAGGGCCGGUGAGUUUGAUUUUGUGCAUCUGUUAGAAGGCACGAACCUGGAGCUGUACGUAUCGCGCUGGUACUCGCGAGCCAACGAGCUGUGUAUCAGGUUGUUCUUUGAAGGGUACAACUUUGGCAGAUUUCUGCGCGAUAUAUUCUGCAACUAUCUCUAUGUGAACAAUGGGAACAAGUUCAACAAGUUUCUGUUGCGCAACCAUUUUGAUCUGGGGAAAGAGUACAGCGAGUCACGCUCUGUGCUGAGGCGACUAGAGCAGUCCUGGGACGUCGAAGUCGACGACCGCAGCCUUGUGCAACGGUUAGUGUCCCUCCGGUACAGCACUGUAAGUUUCCGUGAGUCGCUGUUACAAGUGCAACGGGACGAGAUAGCCAGAGAAGACGUCACAAUGCGUGACGAGAGUAGCGAUGACAACGAUGCGCUGUUAAGGGCCAGCAAUUUUGAGAAUGUGAAGCGGAUACUGUUUGAGGAUAGACACCAUACGGAUGAGUACGAUGACCACGGACAGCAAGGACACGAGCAAGGGCGGGAGCAAAGGCGGGAGCCAGCGCUGAGCAACAUCCACUACCUGGAGUUCGACCUGGUGGUGCCGUACCCGCUGAACAUCCUUAUCAACCACUCGUGCAUGAUCCAGCUGCGGAUACUCCAGCGGUACAUGAACAUCCUGGCACACACGCAGCUGUCCGUGGACAAGCGGUUCCUGGAUAUCACGAAGGACACUGUGUGGCGGUACCGGCACUUCCAGGAACCGAUCCGCACCAAGAUUGUCAAGCGGUCUACUGUGCUGCUGAACAAGAUGGGCGACACCCUCCGCGCGGUCCAGACGUACUACACGCACACCGUAUCGCGGGAGUUGCACAGCGCCACGAACAUCAUCAGCAGCGAAAGCCGCAGCGGCACCAUCAGCGGCAGUAGCAGCGGUAGCGACGGGAUGGAAGUCACGCGUAUCCAGGACGUACUGCAAGACACGCUCACAAACAUCAUCUCGAACACAUGUCUCACGUCGCGCACGAUCACUAUAAUUCUCGAUCUUGUUCAGCUCGUUGAGAGCUAUAUGAAAUUUCUCAGAGGGCUGCGCAGGCGUCUGGUGCAGCUGGAUGCGCAGCUGUGCCACAGGGCGCAAGUGGAGUACGACGAGGACCGUGCGCUAGAGUCUGUGCCGCGGCUGGUGCGGUACACCGAGGACGUCUUUGUGACGACGCGGUCGCUGGUCUCUGCGCUGACAGAGUCCAUGACAGAGUCCAUCGGGGGCAGCGGUGGGGUGGGCCCACACGAGCACGUACUGGUGACACACCUGCACGGUAUAUUCUAA